AUGGUCAUGGUGGAGAAGUACAAGCCCGCAGGCCGGCCUGCCUCGGACCGUGUCUGUUGGGUCCGGCCAGGGGUCAGCUGUGGGGCCUUGACCCCCGAGGCCGGGGGGUCGGGGGGCCCGCCGGCGGCCCCGCGCCCGCCCGCCGUCUUCCCGAGCCAGGCUGCGGGGCCUCGGGGGCGUCGGGCCGGGGCCCCGCACGGCGCAGGCCGCCCGCGGCCUCCGGGGUCGCCCGGACUCUGCAUCCGGAAGGCGUUCGCUCAGCUUCGCCCGCCACGCGCGGCGGGGCCGGGCCUGGGCGCGGGGCCGGGAGGCUGCGGGCCCGGCCCCGCCGCGCCGGCGUGCGGCCCGGCGCCCCGUCCCCGCGAGCCGCCCCGCCCUCCCGGAGCCGGGGCCCGGCGCGCCCGCUCCCGCGGGCCGGGAACUUUCUGGAAGCCGAGCCCCCGGGACGGGGCGCGGGCGGCCGGGGCGGACGCGGAGGAGGGGCGCCACGCCGGGCUCCGCGGCCCGGCCCCGGGGGUGCGUACCUCCUCCCGGGGGAAACUGAGGCCCAGGGCCCGCCGGCCGGGCGCCGGGCCGGGGGUGCGGGCGCCGAGGGGGCGGGCGCCGGGCGGGGCCGACACAGGUGCCCCGCAUCCGGCCCGCGGGCGGCUCGGCCGCGCCUUAAAAGCCGCCGAGGGCGCGGCGCCGCGCGGCUGCUGCCCCGCUGGCGCCCACGCGCCGCGGCCCUCGGGGCGCCGCCCGCCGGGGCCUGGGAGCCGCUGCCGCCUCGGAGCGCGGGUCCAGCCGGGAGCGGGCGGGCGCCGCGGGCUCCUCGCGCCCGCCGCUCGCGGGGCCCGGGGCCGCCGGCGGCUCGCGCGGCGGGCGGAGGCGGGCCACCCCUUCGCGGGCAGCGCCGCGACGGCGCGCGCGGCCCCUUUAAGGCGCGGGGCUGGGCGCCGCGUGCCGGGCCGCGGUCACGUGGCUUCACACGUUCGCGCCCGGCCGGGCGGGCGGCGCAGGCGCGGGGCGGCGGCGGGCACGUGCGGCGGGGCUUCGAGCCCGGGAGCCCGGGAGCCCGCGGCUGUGAGGUGGGUCCGGGGCGGGGACGCCGUGCGGGGCGCGGGGGACGCGGGGCCGCCUCCACGCCGCCCGGCCGGACUGCGCGAGCGCUCCGGGCGGCGCCUCAGCCGGGCCGGGGAGCACGGGGCCGCGGGCGCCUCAGCCGGGCCGGGGAGCACGGGGCCGCGGGCGCCUCAGCCGGGCCGGGGAGCACGGGGCCGGGGAGCACGGGGCCGGGGAGCACGGGGCCGCGGAGCACGGGGCCGGGGAGCACGGGGCCGGGGAGCACGGGGCCGGGGAGCACGGGGCCGCGGGCGCCUCAGCCGGGCCGGGGAGCACGGGGCCGCGGGCGCCUCAGCCGGGCCGGGGAGCACGGGGCCGCGGAGCACGGGGCCGGGGAGCACGGGGCCGCGGAGCACGGGGCCGGGGAGCACGGGGCCGGGGAGCACGGGGCCGGGGAGCACGGGGCCGGGGAGCACGGGGCCGCGGAGCACGGGGCCGGGGAGCACGGGGCCGGGGAGCACGGGGCCGGGGAGCACGGGGCCGGGGAGCACGGGGCCGCGGAGCACGGGGCCGGGGAGCACGGGGCCGCGGGCGCCUCAGCCGGGCCGGGGAGCACGGGGCCGGGGAGCACGGGGCCGGGGAGCACGGGGCCGCGGAGCACGGGGCCGGGGAGCACGGGGCCGGGGAGCACGGGGCCGCGGAGCACGGGGCCGGGGAGCACGGGGCCGCGGAGCACGGGGCCGCGGGCGCCUCAGCCGGGCCGGGGAGCACGGGGCCGGGGAGCACGGGGCCGGGGAGCACGGGGCCGCGGAGCACGGGGCCGGGGAGCACGGGGCCGGGGAGCACGGGGCCGGGGAGCACGGGGCCGCGGGCGCCUCAGCCGGGCCGGGGAGCACGGGGCCGGGGAGCACGGGGCCGGGGAGCACGGGGCCGGGGAGCACGGGGCCGCGGGCGCCUCAGCCGGGCCGCGGAGCACGGGGCCGGGGAGCACGGGGCCGGGGAGCACGGGGCCGCGGAGCACGGGGCCGGGGAGCACGGGGCCGGGGAGCACGGGGCCGGGGAGCACGGGGCCGGGGAGCACGGGGCCGCGGAGCACGGGGCCGGGGAGCACGGGGCCGCGGGCGCCUCAGCCGGGCCGGGGAGCACGGGGCCGGGGAGCACGGGGCCGGGGAGCACGGGGCCGGGGAGCACGGGGCCGGGGAGCACGGGGCCGCGGGCGCCUCAGCCGGGCCGCGGAGCACGGGGCCGGGGAGCACGGGGCCGGGGAGCACGGGGCCGGGGAGCACGGGGCCGGGGAGCACGGGGCCGCGGGCGCCUCAGCCGGGCCGCGGAGCACGGGGCCGGGGAGCACGGGGCCGGGGAGCACGGGGCCGGGGAGCACGGGGCCGGGGAGCACGGGGCCGCGGGCGCCUCAGCCGGGCCGGGGAGCACGGGGCCGGGGAGCACGGGGCCGGGGAGCACGGGGCCGCGGAGCACGGGGCCGCGGAGCACGGGGCCGGGGAGCACGGGGCCGGGGAGCACGGGGCCGCGGAGCACGGGGCCGGGGAGCACGGGGCCGCGGGCGCCUCAGCCGGGCCGGGGAGCACGGGGCCGGGGAGCACGGGGCCGGGUAGCACGGGGCCGGGGAGCACGGGGCCGGGGAGCACGGGGCCGGGGAGCACGGGGCCGCGGGCGCCUCAGCCGGGCCGCGGAGCACGGGGCCGCGGAGCACGGGGCCGCGGGCGCCUCAGCCGGGCCGGGGAGCACGCUGUGGAGGACGCGAGGAGCGAGGACGCUAUGGAGGGAAGGCAGGUGCACCCUCACCAUCACUCCCCUGCCCUGCGUGAAGGAGCCCUCCCCUACACCCCCUAUCACCUCCACCCCCUUGUGUGA